UUGAUCUUACUUUUACAAUAUUUGUAUCACCACAUCUCGUCAGCCGGGGGAUUGGGAUUGUCGGAGGAAAUACAAGGAUAAUGUCCCGCUCUACAAUCUCUUCUCUCGAAUCUCAACUCUCCACCGCAACGCACGAACUCGAACUCGCCACAUUCCUCAACAAGGGCAUCCUGCAGACUAAUACUGAGUACAAGCUUCGCAUAGCAGAACUCGAAUCAGAGAACAAUAUUCUGAGAAAGGCGGAAACGAGGCUAGCUGGGACCGAAGAUGCUUUGGAGGAUGCUGAGAAAAGAAUAAAAAUGUUGGAGGAAGAGCGAGACGUGUGGGAAGAGGAGCUGGAAACGGCCAAGGAGAACAUGGAAAGCGCGGAAAGGGACAAGGAUGCAGCUGUGAGGGAAAGAGACCAUGAGCGAAAUCAGAGAGAGCUAUGGGAAGAGCGGUUCUGGGAAUUGCGAGGAUCGUUGGAAGGUUUAAUGGAGCGGACCAAUUAUCAGAUUGGCGGGAGCUCUCGAACUCUGUCUCAAGCAAAAUCGAAGAAAGGUCUUCUACCGUUACUGAAAGACUUGACGCCGGUAGCGAAGGUUAAGCCCAACGCCUCUGCAUCCACAGGCCGCCUCAGCAGGAAACCCCGCCUACAAUCCCCCACCUCGCCCCCCUCACCCCCUAUUGAGCCGUCUUCACCUCUGCGACGGCCGAUGCGUGAAGCUGCGAAGAAGAGAAAAUGGUUGGCAGAAUCGGAAAGCGAUGAAGAAGAUGCCUUUGUGCCCAAGGGCGGCAGGCGGAAAGCCUUGGCUGAUCCUUUAGCAGAUAGUAACUAUACAGAGACAUCGUCACAAAUAGCCACUCCCGCUUCAAGCCGAGUACCAUUCAAUAGUAAACGGCGCGGACGUCAAAGUAAUAACACCAAGCAGCAAAUGGACAUAACAAUGCAGGUUAAAGAAGAGCCUACCAGUCCGGGCUAUAAAAAUCCUUCAGAAGAUAGUGAUGACCCUCUUUAAAUAAAAUAGAAAAGGUUCUAUAGCUAUGGGGUUUGGGACUCGACGGUUAGAUUUUAUAUGUUUGUUGCAUUUGAUUGUAUUUUGAUAUGCUGUAUGCUAUAUGAUAUCCUUUGACCCCGAUACAUGUUAUUUAUGCAC